AUGGCGUCGAUUGCGCGUGCAGCGGCAGCGCAGAGGCAACCCCGCAGCAGCAGCAGCAACAGGAGCAGCAGCAGCAGCAGCAGCCCGCGCGAGUUCAUUUUCGAGGCGUGGAUGCGCCACGCGGGUCCGCAGCUGCAGUCACUCGUGCUCUCCCGCUCCCUCAACGCCGCCGCGAACGGCGGCGGCUCCACUACGAUCAACGUUUGGGAGAACGAGGACCUCAGCUUGCAUCUCGGGCAUAUUUCCCGCCACUGCAUGUCCCUGCGGUCGCUCACUCUCGGGUCGCUUUCGCUCGCGGCGCCUGCGCUCGAGUCGUGCCUCCGCCCCAUGCCCAACUUGCAGGAUUUGUCGCUUUCCUGGAUUCACCUGACUAAUGAGUGCCUGCAAAUGAUUCUCGACGCGACUCCGAAUCUCCGCCGGUUGACGAUAUUUAUGGCGACGGGCUGCCCGCAAAUUUCUCUUCGCCUGCCCGCUUCGUUGGAGCACGUCGACUUCGCUUACCUGCGCGCCGAGUCGUGCAAGUUCGUCACCGCUUCCUCGUUGCGAUCAGUGUCCAUUCGCGACAUGUUUGUGCGAACAGUUACCAUUCACCAAGCCCCUCGUCUGCGGUACUUCGCCAUCGCCAGCGCCAGCCUCCUCGAGGUUUCCGCACCUGAGUCGUGCGAAAUCACCUCCCUCGAUUUAAAAGCCGGUUCCUUCUGCUGGUCCUCGCUACAAUCACUCAUUCGCGGAUGCGGCACGACUCUCAAUUCUCUCGCUCUCGAUUUCUUCACCGCCGGAUCCGGAGCGGUCUCGUCGGGAAUCUUCUCGCUCUUCUGGCUCGCCGCCAUGUGCCCCGCGCUUCGCGCCUUGAAUCUCGGCUCUCUGCCGUGGCAACUUGUUCUCUCCUGGGCGACUACCUCCGGCGCGCUUCAACCGGCGGGACCCGCGACGGGAUCUGCGGCGCGGUGGCCGCAGCUGGAGGAGCUGAAGCUUAAGGUUCAAGAGCAGAGGCCCGAGGCGCUGCUGCUGCUGCACGCGCUUCUGUCGAAUGUGCCAACCCUAAAAUCGCUCCAAGUGGCGACAGCAGUGGACGAAGAGGAAGAAGAGGAAGAAGAGGAGGAGGCGGCGGAGGAGGAGGAAGACGAGGAAUUCGAGGAGGGGGAGGAGGAGUGUGAGGAGUACGAGGAAGAGGAGGUAGAGGAGGCUGAGGAGGAGUAUGAAGAAGAAUACGAAGAUGACGUGGACGAGGAUGAUUUGAUGGAAGUGGAGGAGGGUGCGGAGAGCUCGGACGAGUAUGACGACGAAGCUGAAAGCAUGCCGGUCAGAUCCGGUGGACCUGCCGUUCAGCGCCACAUGAGUCGGCAGGAGCUGUUCCUCAAGGGGCUUGUGUGCCUGCAGCAACGGUUUUCUGACGUUAACGUCUUCCUCCCGUUGCUCGCUCGCCGGUCAACCUCGUGA